AUGUGCCCAGAAGCCCAAGUCCAGCUCCAUGCCGCCCUGGCGGCACGUCAGGAGCCGCCGCCGCCGAUCGACCCCGAUCUCGCAGAAUUGCAGUGCUCGCUGUGCAUGAACACUCUGCUCGAGCCCGUCACGACGCCAUGUGGCCACACCUGGUGCCGGUCGUGCGUGCUGCAGACCGUCGACCACCGCCUCAGCUGCCCGCUCUGCCGCACCGACUUGCCCGGCUGGAGCUACUUUUCUGGCCGCCCGUCCAACAGCAUCCUCACCCAGAUCCUGGAGAGGUACCACGCAGAAGAGUACCGGAGCCGUCGCAUGGCGCACGAGGCCGUGAAGGAACAGGAAGUCAUCCCGAUCUUUGUGUGUACGGUUCUCUGUCCCGGCGAGGGGCAGGGCCUGCAUAUCCACGAGCCCAAGUACCGGCUCAUGAUCAAGCGCGUGAUGGAAACCACGAAAAAGUUCGGCGUCAUUCCUCCGUCGGCACGGCCGUAUGUCGGCACCCUGGUUGACGUGCUCCACUGUCGUCCCGUGCAAGGAUCUGACCUGGCGCAAACCCCAGAAGGACCGCAGCCCCGUCUGGUCGUCAUGGUCACGGGCAUCCACCGCUUUCGUAUUCUUGAAUGCGUGAACCACCCUGAUGGAUACCACAUGGCUCGCAUCGAGCGCUUCGAUGACCUGGACAUUGAGGACGAAAUCGCAGGCGAAUCGCCCGAGGCAGGCACGCCCUCAGUCACGACCCAGGUGAUGCGCAACUACUCGAGCGCGCACGGCGGGCAGCCUUCACAUGUCAACGAUGCCGAGAUCGUGCGCCUGCAUCUCGAAACGACCCGCACGUUUGUGCAGAACCUGCGGCAGUAUCUACCGCCGAGCCAACUCGCGCAGUUUGACCGUCAGUAUGGCCCAAUCCCUUCCGAGAUUGCCGAUCUGUCCUUUUGGAUCACCCAGAUCAUGCCCUUCAGUCAGCAGAUCAAGUAUACCCUUCUCACCUGCCAACGGCCGUUCAAGCGGCUGGCGAUGAUUGUCGCAUGCGUCGAACAGGCCGCCAACGGCUAA